AUGAUAACCAACGGAUCCUCACACGCCAAGAAACCAGAGGCUAUGCAUGCCUCUGGUGUCCUUUCCGAAUGGCAGAGACUGCAGAAGCAGUUGACUGGAACCGGGGUCGUCUCUGUUGAUGGCGAAACGCUGACUGUUGCUGAUGUUGCGGCGGUUGCACUACACGGCGCAAAAGCACGUCUCACCGAUGACGAGGAUAUAAUUCGACAAGUCAAUGAAAGUGUUGCUUACCUUGCACACGAGCUCGCAGCAGGGCACACCAUCUACGGUGUCAAUACCGGCUUCGGAGGCAGUGCAGAUACCAGGACUCAAGAUUUUGAACGACUUCAGAGUGCCGCCAUCCAGCAUCUCAAUGUCGGUAUCCUUCUUCAAAGUGACAAGGGCAACGACAAUGGCAGAAACGAGCUUCUCCGAAGUCAUGCUCUCCCCAGCCCAGUGGUCAAGGCCGCCAUGCUGAUCCGCUGCAACUCCCUCAUGCGCGGCCACUCUGGCGUUCGCACCAGCGUCAUCGAGUCAAUCAUGAGGCUUCUCGCCAACGACAUGACCCCGGUCGUUCCCCUCAGAGGCAGCAUCUCCGCCUCGGGAGAUCUCUCGACUCUAUCUUACAUCGCCGGUGCCAUAGAAGGAAACCCCGACAUCUUUGUCAAGCUCGGCAGCGGCAAGAUCAUCCCCGCUAGCGACGCCCUCCAAAUCGCCGGAAUCACCCCCGUCCGCCUCCAAGCCAAAGAAGGCCUCGGAAUCACAAACGGCACCGCCCCCAGUUGCGCCAUGGCCUCCCUGGUCAUCGCCCAAGCCAACCAGCUCGCCUUGUUGAUUCAAGUCCUGACAGCAAUGGGCACCGAAGCCCUGAACGGCACUUCCCACAACUACCACCCCUUCAUCUCCAGCACCCGCCCUCACCCCGGCCAAGCCGAAGCCGCUUCGAACAUCCUGUCUUUUCUCUCCAACUCCAAGAUCUCCCCUCCUUUUCCCGCCGAAUCCUCCCCCAAAACCCGCCUCGGCCUCGCUCAAGACCGUUAUUCCCUCCGCACAGCCCCGCAAUGGAUUGGUCCCCAACUGGAAGACCUUCUCCUGGCAACAAAACAAAUCACAACAGAACUCAACUCAACAACCGACAACCCCCUCAUCGACCCCUCCUCAAGCUCGAUCCACCACGGCGGCAACUUUCAAGCCAUGGUCCUGACCUCGGCCAUGGAAAAGACCUCGCUUGCACUGCAAAAUCUCGGCCGGUUGAUAUUCGCGCAGUGCUCGGAGGUGAUCAAUAACAUGACCAGCAAGGGCUUGCCGCCGAACUUGUCGGCUGACGACCCCAGUCAGAGCUUUACGGCCAAGGGGUUUGAUGUCACGAUGGCGGGGUACAUGGCUGAGCUGUCGUAUUUGACGAGACCGGUGAGCGCGAGUGUGCAGGUCGCUGAGAUGGGGAAUCAGAGCGUGAAUUCUAUGGCGUUGGUGGCGGGACGGUACGCGAUGGAGGGGGUGGAGAUUUUGGGGCUGAUGUGUGCUACUUAUAUGUGGGUCUUGUCCCAGGCUGUUGAUUUGAGGGUGGUUCAGAUGAGGUUCAGGGAGGAGGUGAGGCUUUGGUUGCCGAGUUUGGUGAGGGAUCAUGUCUUCGGGGGGAGCGGUGCGGGGAGGGUGGAGGUGAUUGAAAGGGUCGCGGGACAGUUGGGAGACAUUAUACUACAGAGGUGGGACGAACUCGCGCAUUUGGACUUGAGGGAGAGGUGUGACAAGGUUGCGAAGGAGUCGAUGGGGUGGUUGCUGGAUGAUGAGCAACCCUUUUCGAAGGGGGAGAUGGUGGAUCGUUUCUUCUUGUCGGAGUACAGGACUGCCGUGAGAGAGUUUUUGGAGCAGCAUUACAGGGAACAGCAUGACAUGUUUAGUGAUCAGGGACAGGCGGGAGGAUUUGUUGGUGAGGGCGGGAAGCUGGUGUAUGAGUUUGUGAGGAAGGAGCUGGGAAUCCCGCUGAACAGAGGGGUAGAAGAUCAUCCGCCAUUACUGUUGAGGACCAGGGCAGAAGGAGAGAACGAUGAUGGUCACGGUAAUGGCACUCAGGCGGAUCCGAGAACCAAAAUUUUGGGAACACAGGCCUCUAACAUUUACGAGGCGUUGCGGAAGGGGGUGCUGCAUGACCGUAUCAUGAAGUACGCAGAGGAGGCUCGUCUGUGGGCAUAA